AAAUGAGGCAUUACUAUUUAUCUCUGCCACAAUGCAGAUCGCAGGACUCAGAUAAGUAUCGUGUGUUUAAUGGCUUUUUAGAGGCCGUUAAAAGGAACAGCGGAAUUCUCCUUUGAAGGGAUUUUAGUCCGAGUGAAAGCUCACGGCUUUUGGAGUACAACUGUCAGUCAUGUCACUUGACCCCGCCCCUCGCUGCAGCUCCAUCUAUAAAGAGAGCCGGUGCGCUCAGAGAGUGAUCACUCGAACUUUGAUGCUCAGGUUUUAAGGAUGCCUGCUUCUCCAAGCGGAUUUGGUCACUACUUUGUGGACAGGAACGUCUCCAUGCCUGCUGGAUAUCAGAUGCUGGGCUGUGCGCCGGGGGUACAGCAGCCUCCUCCUCAUCUGGCUGCCAUGGCCGGGAUGCCUCUGCCUUUUUCAGGAAUACCGGGAUACACUUUCAUUCCGUUCCCACAUCCUGGACACAUGGCACACAUGGGGAGCUCAUACGACCUGAAAGCCGCCUCACCUUAUCACCAGGCUGUGCUGAGCCGCGGCGGUGCGUAUUUCUCUCCCUACAGACCGGUGGUCGCGGAUGAGCCAGGACGCGUGGCCAAAGUGGCGAGCAGAGAAAGCACUGGCGCGCUGAAAGCCUGGCUCAGCGAGCACCUGAAGAACCCGUAUCCCACCAAGGGCGAGAAGAUCAUGCUGGCCAUCGUCACCAAGAUGAGCCUGACGCAAGUGUCCACCUGGUUCGCCAACGCGCGCCGCCGCCUCAAGAAGGAGAACCGCGUCAGCUGGGCGUCCAAAGCCAAAAGCGAUGAGGAGGAGGAGGCUGAUGAGAGCGAGGCAGAAGAAGAAGAAGAAGAUGAUGAUGGCUCUUCGCAGAAAGAUCGAUGCUCAGACGAUGAGGCUGACAUCGAUCCUCAGAUCGUUGAUGUUGAGGAGGAGUUGAGCGCAGUGGAGAGCGAGGCCCUGCGCCCGGCUCAGGAGCGCCUAACGGAACGACUCGAACAGCCUAACGAGGGUGACACUUCCGGCUCCGUAGCCGUUACUACCGGAAACAGCGAGGCUGGGUGUGAAUCGGCGAGUAAGGAGUGUAAAGAAAGUGCUAAUGGACAGAAACCGAAAAUCUGGUCUCUAGCAGAGACAGCCACUUCCGAAACUCCGGUGAAGAAGAGCAAUGAGCAUUGCCAAGAUUUUAGCAAAUGGUGGGCAAACUGGGCGUCCAGGAGCAGCUACUUACCUGCAAACUACUCUGCACACUUUCUCCCACAGAGUCAGUUAAACUGUUAAUGCAACUCAUGCAAGGCAGAUGUUUGCACUUUGGAACUGUUCUGAUAAGAGCUGAACUUUUUUUAUUUUUAUUUUUUGGUUAUUCUUAUCCUGGACCCUUUAGUCAUGAAGUUUACAGUCAGGUUUACAUGCCUGGUUUAACACCAAAUGAGCUUGAGAUUGUUGUAAAUAAUUGUAAAGUUUAUUUUGUUGUACACAUUGUAAAUUAUAAAUGCCUUUACAUGCCUAUGAUUAAUUAUUUUUGCUAAAAUAAAACAUUUGAAAAUGAAAA